AUGAAUCCAAUUCUUCGCAGGGACGACGACGACGACGAUACCGUCGUCGCCUUUGUUAACCCCUGGGUUGAAGUCAAUGCUGGAUUAUGGAGUCUUUUUGCCGGCGCUACCAUUUUCCUGGCACUGCGCAUUUGGUGCAAAGUCACCCGCCGGCACGGGCUGUGGUAUGAUGAUUAUAUCCUGCUAGUCACCUGGUCUGUGCUGUUGGCAAACAAUACACUUAUCAUCUACGAGUUUGCAACUGGCUACAUCCUGGAAAACUCUGCACAAAAAUGGGACGACCGCAUGCAUAUUCUGAUCAACAUAUCCUCUUGCGGCACCCUAAUUGGCCAGGCCCUGAGCAAGACUGCCUUUGCCGUAACGCUUCUGAGAUUGUGCAAUCGAUGGCAGCAAUGGAUUCUCUGGUUCUGUAUCUCCACCAUGAAUGCGUGGAUGAUUGUCAAAGUGGUUCUUCAAUGGGCAAAGGUUUGCGGAAAAGACAGUUAUGACGUCUGGUAUCGCCUCGAUGUAUGUCUCGACUCGAAGUUUCGCGACGAUUUCAAGGAGGGUGGAAAUGUUUAUAACAUCAUUAUGGACUUUAUCUUUGCCACAUUCCCCUGGUUCAUCACUCGAUCUCUAGAGAUGCGCAGGUUGGAAAAGGUUGGACUCUGUGUUACACUGAGCUUGGGCAUGGUAGUCGCCAUUGUCGCAGCUGUGCGUGUCAGUUGGAAGGACGAGGGUAAUUCGCGCGACCCAUAUUAUAUCUGGCGCAACGGUCUUUCCCAAGUCUGGUAUUCAUCCGAGAUCACCGGUACCAUCAUGGUCCAAUGUAUACCCAUUCUCCGAACGAUGCUCAGGGAGAUCCACACAUCGUUCAAUUCCAAGAAGUUGACCUCAUUGACGGACCGACAAAGCACCAUGGCUGCGAGCAGCAAGCGCAACUCGAAGCGCAACUCGAAUCGCUCAUCGGGCGGCAUCAAGAUGGAGCUGGUACGCAAGGGAUCCGAUCGUAUUGUUCUCAAAGAGAUACCAGAGGAACCGCAGGGCAUUUGGGUGCCUCCCCCGUCUUGGAAGCGGAUCGAUACAGUCGAGUCGCUCUCCUCGCUCGACGAGGAACACGCGCUCCCGCUGUCGCCACGGUCGCAAUGGCUGGCACAGGCCAGCAGAGGAAACUCGGAUAACUAUGUGCCUCGGGCUGGACAAAGCCUUGACUCGGAAGCGGAUGGAGGCCCGCACUCGUUCACGGGCGUGGCAUACGACCAUGAAGAGCAUGGCCUAUCACCACCACCGCAAAGGAAAUCAGAUCCGUGGCCUUUGAAGUGA